AGCUGUUGCCCCUCCCCCCUGACUUUCUGUGGGAAUCCCCAACAACGUGCUCUGCUUGGCCUCAAAAUAUUUUGACUUUUUAAGUCACUUUCAGCUCGGAUCGGGUGCAGCUCAUCUGUCUUAGACAGCGGCAGCGGGACAUCCAAGCGCUCUUGCAUCUUGGCUCUUCCUCAUUUUUCUCUCAGCUAAGCAAGGAGGGAAAUCAGUGAUGGAAGAGCAAAGUUUUGACAGCCUGCAGUUGAGCCAGAACCUGCCGCUGAGCCAGGACUCUUUUCAGGAGCUGUGGCAGAGUGUCAUAACUGCUGACAUCCUCACCAUUUCAUCUCCAAAUGUGGCUCAGCCGUGGAGAGGAGACGAACACAUCGAGCUCCUCAAUGAACAAACAUUGACUGAGGGGUUCGAUGAAAAUCUCUUUGAGCUACCUGCAGAGACGUUAACUACAGAUGCUGUUACUCCCCCAGCCUCCACCGUCCCAGUUACAACCGACUAUCCGGGGAAAUACGGCUUCCAGCUUCGCUUUCAGAAGUCUGGCACAGCCAAAUCUGUCACUUCCACUUUUUCAGAGCUACUCAACAAGCUGUAUUGCCAGCUGGCGAAGACCAGUCCUAUUGAAGUGUUGGUGGAGAAGGAGCCUCCUCAGGGCGCCAUUCUGAGAGCCACAGCGGUUUACAAGAAGACCGAGCACGUUGCUGAUGUUGUCCGCAGAUGUCCCCAUCAUCAGAAUGAAGACGUUGCUGAGCAUCGAAGCCAUCUGAUCAGAGUGGAGGGCAACCAGAGAGCUCAGUAUUUUGAAGAUGUGCACACCAAGAGGCAGAGUGUGACUGUCCCCUACGAGCCCCCGCAGUUGGGCUCAGAGAUAACAACCAUCCUGCUGAGCUUCAUGUGCAACAGCUCCUGCAUGGGUGGCAUGAAUCGCAGGCCCAUCCUCACCAUCCUGACCCUGGAAACUCCAGAGGGGCAGGUUUUGGGCCGGAGGUGCUUUGAGGUGCGUGUCUGUGCAUGCCCUGGCAGGGACCGCAAAACUGAGGAGGAAAAUAGCACCAAGAUGCAAAACGGCACCAAACAAACCAAGAAGCGAAAGAGUGCUCCUGCUGCUGCCACCGCUUCUGUAAAGAAGUCCAAACCUGCCUCGAGUGCAGAGGAAGAGGACAAGGAUGUGUAUGUUCUUCAUGUUCGUGGCAGUGAGCGUUACGAGAUGUUAAAGAAAAUCAAUGAUGGUCUGGAGCUGCUUGACAAAGAGAGCAAAAAGUCAAAGGUUUCAGUGAAACCAGAGGUUCCUUUGCCCUCCAGUGGAAAGAGACUCCUGCAGAGAGGAGAGCGGAGUGACAGCGACUGAGAACAGUUUUGCCUUCAUCAUGAUCACGAACAUCUCUUUCUCCUUCCAUGCCAUCAGGUUUAUUUCAGGUUUUUAUUAACGAUUGGAAUUCCAAAUCAAGUCCUGCCUCCAAAACGUUCCUGUAACUGUACUGCCUGGCCAUUUACUCAAAGUACUGCACAGUGUCUUGCUUUUUUAUUUGUUUUUUUUUUUUUUAUUUGUCAGACAAAGUUUUGUAGGCUGUUUGAGUCACAGUUGUGACACAUACUGGAACUUUGUUUAAAUCAUGUUCGUAAAACUUGAAUGAAUGUUUAUCUCCAUUAAAUUUUCUGUAGUACUGCACCACAGCCUCAUACACACAUUCCACUGAUACCCGGUCAGGCUGCACUUUUCCAUGAGUCUGUUGGAAAAUUCAGCCAACUUUGAUUAUAUGGGCUAUAAUUAAUCUACAGGAUUUAAGAUCUAAAAUGAAACAAGCAAAACACAACGUACCACAUGGUAUUAACAAGUUAUACGUUAACAGUUGGGCUUUUUAUUACAGUUUCUUGCUUUGAAGGAUCAGUAUACUUUCACUUAUUUUGAUAUGAUAUUGCUCAUGGGGAAUAUGUUUUGCCACAGUCAUCUUUUUUUUUUUCAUUUCCACUAGAUUUAGUAGAUGAGGGACUGACUGGAUCACCCCAAAAACUAUUCAGCUUUUAGGCAUUUUAGAGAGCUUAUACACAGUUUGUCUCAGAGGAUUGAAAGAAUAGGAAGCCUCAUGGUAAAAUGGAGAAGCAUUUAUCAGACACACAUGGAUUGAUCAUCACCCACUGUGGAUGACAGAGCAGUUUUUAUAGAAGCAGCACUUCAGUUUGACGAGACCAAUCACUGCCCAUUAUUAAAACCACUGUUGUUUUUUCACUGCCAGCAAUGUAAACUUAAAGGCAUUUCUUUAUUUUGUUUCUGUAUCUUUAGAUUAUUUAGGGAUAAUGGUUUUGUAUAGAGGUUUAUGUUUCUAUAUUUUUCUUCGUCUUUAUUUUUUCAUGGCUUGUUUUUGUUACACUAAUUUGCAUUUUUGUUAUUCAAAGCUUAAACCCCAAAUAAAAUAGAUCAUGUAUCAAUGUG